ACAGCUGAGCUGAACUCAUCAGAGAAACAGCAGCAUAUUCAUACAGAGAGCUCACAGGGACACACGAUGUGAUCUAAGGGAAGUGAUGAAAGGAAGCUGACGGCGUCUGACACAGUCAGUCAGCAUCCAGACAGCAUGAAGGCUGCAGCUGCCUCUCUGCUCCUGCUCGGUGUGUGUGUGCUGCUGCUGUCUGCACCGACUGUUUCUGCAGGUCUGAUCCUGGAGAUCCCUCCACAUCCUGUGCCAGCAGGAAGUGAUGUCACUCUGCGCUGCAGACAGAGUAAUGGUGACAUCAUCACAGCCUAUUUCCUCUUUAAUGGAAGUCUUGUUGGAAAUAAAAAUAAAUCAGAGUUCAUCAUCACAAACGUCCAGCAGUCUGAUGAAGGUCUCUACUCCUGUGCUACUGAUGUGUUUGGAGAAUCUCCUCCGGGCUUUCUGAGGGUCAGAGACUCCUCCGCUCCUCCCUCCUCCUCCUCCAUCCUCGUUCCGGUUGUAGCAAGUCUGGUUUCCGUGGUUCUUCUGGUUUUGGUGGUUUGGGGAGUUCUCUGGAGGAAACAGAAAGCAGCGCUCCACUCCUCCUCUCCUGUACAUGUGAACUGCAGUGACGUCACCAUCACACAGAGAGACAACAGGAGAGGUAAAAGUCCUGAUGAUCCAGAUGUUAUCUACUCUGAUGUGAGGACUCGCACUUCAGGCCCUGAUGAUGUUGUUUACCGUGAGGUGAUCUUCAGAAGGUAGAGGAAAGCUGGUGAGACAACAGAGCAGUCAGCUGAUCCAGGUGUUGUGCAUUGAUUGAGAGCAGGAAGCUGAGGACACACUCGGUCUGAUGGACGACCUUCAUCCUUCACUCUGCUCCUCUUCUUCUCUUUGUGUCUCCUGAAACUCAGUUAUUUGAUUGUUCAUCAUGAAGAGCUGCACAAAACAUUUUAAACUUUUUAGGAUUUUCUGUUUCUAUGCAGAUAUGAUCUGAUGGAAAAUAUAAAAAAUAUAUAUCAAUAACAUUUAAACAAAUAAAUCAUUCAGUAAAAUGAGCCUCAGUCUCAGGAUGUUUUUAAUAAUUCAGUUACACACAGACAGUCAGUGACGGCUCCUCUCCUCAGCUUUCCUGCUGCCAUCAGAUGCUUGUUGUUGGAAAUCUCACUCCUCAUGCACUGGUAUGAUCAGCACUUGGUGACAGUAGGAAGGAAGAACUCCCUUUAACCUGAAGAAUGUUUUACUUUUAACAUCUUUCUGUAUGAUUGUCAGUGUUUUAUGUUACUGCAUGAUUGCUUUUCUUUCAUCUUUCAAGUCUCAUGUAUUGAAUAAAAUCCCCGAAACCCAUAAAAUAAAAUCAUGUCUGAAAAUUUAUCAGUCUCAUAAUUAAACACAACACCUGUGAAUGCAGAUGUAGAACCUGGAGCUACCUUUAAUGGUUUUUUACAAAGAGAACAGGUGGUCCCACACUGAGUGGGAAAGGUGAAGAUGUGGACAGAGUGUGCAGGCAGGUGAGUUCUCCCAGAGUGACUCCAACAUGUUAUCCUGAAGGAGCUGUGAGUGACUGGCUGAGGAGUUCAGAGAGGAGACAACAUGCAGAGGUCCAAGGACAGAGACUGAACGUUUACCCUGCUAAAGCUUUCAAACUGCUGGAGGAUGAA